GAAGAAUUUUACAACAGACCACAUAACAAUUCAAAACCAGAAGAUAACAACCCUAUAUCCAAACCAGCCAGCAAGAAUCUUGGGAAUUUAUAUAAAAAGCUUAGGUACAAAAACAUUUUAGAAGUACUUGAUCCAGGAAAAAACUAUCAA